AUGCCUGCAAAUAGGAAGUACACCAAAAAGGCUAAAGCCACCAGCCAAGGGGCUACUGCAGAAGAAACUCGGGAAGAGACUGUUCCGACUCAGACAGCAGCCCUAAUCGCCCCUACAGUAACACCUCCUAUUGAUUCGGAUGGGGAUAACAGGUCAGCCGGACCUACUCCGUCCACGGCAAGUGCUCCAGUUUCCAAGUUCAGGAAAGAUAACCGUCAACAGAAUUUCAGGUGGUCAGGCUCCCAGUCUCAGGCCAGUGUGACUCAGAGUAACUUCACCAAUCCGAUUUGUGCUAAGUGUGGGAAAAGGCAUCCUGUGGAGUGCCGCUCUGGAUCAAAUAUUUGCUAUGGGUGUGGCCAGCCGGGCCAUGUUCAGCGAAAUUUCCCUUCAGUCAGACAGGGCACAGGAGGUAAUCGGACUCAUUCAGUAAAUUCAUCAGUUCCUCAUAAUAAACAGACUCAGGCAGGACGUGUACCAGCUAGAUCUGGCAACACAAGCGGUGGCCCAAACCGUUUGUAUACUUUGACCGGGCGCCAGGAUAUCGAUAACCGUACUGAUGUUGUCACAGGAGGUCUUGGUGGUGGCGGCGGUGGCAGAGGUGGAGGUGGAGGAGGAGGUAGUAAUGAUGGAUUUGGUGCUAGCUUCGGAUUUGGCGAGGGCCAUGGGUUGGGUGUAAAUGGUGGAUUUGGCCAAAUUGUGGGAGGUAUUGUUGAUGUUGGCAGUGGUGGUGGUGGCUUCGGAGGUGGAGGAGGAGGUAGUGAUGGUUGA